CCCGCGCCUCCCCAGCCCCUCGGCCGGAAGUUGACGGCGGAGGACGGAAGGGGCGUGCCGGAAACGCCCUCGCGUGACGGUGCCACGUCGCGGGAGGCAGCGGCGAGUCGGGGCCCGGGUCGGGCCGGGCGGCGCGAUGGCGGACUGGGCUCGCGCUCAGAGCUCCGGUGCCGUGGAGGAGAUGCUAGACCAGGAGAACCGGCGGAUGGCUGAUAGCCUGGCCUCCAAGGUCACCAGGCUCAAAUCGCUGGCCCUGGACAUCGAUAGGGAUACGGAGGACCAGAACCGGUACCUGGACGGCAUGGGCUCGGAUUUCAUGAGCAUGACAGGCCUGCUCACGGGGAGCGUGAAGCGCUUUUCCACGAUGACGCGGUCUGGGCGAGACAACCGGAAGCUGCUGUGCGGUGUGGCCGGGGGCCUGAUCGUGGUCUUCUUCAUCCUCUACUACCUCCUGGCCAGAGCAAGGACGUGAGCCAGUGGAGCUGGCUCCGGGGGUGCCCUGGGCAACUAGGGUCUCCUGCCCGGUGCCUGGCUGCAGAGGACCUGCUACCUAACACUGCUUUGACAUGGUGACCGUGGCUUAGGGUCUCCUCCCGUGUGGCUGGGAGACCAGCUGCCUCCGACCUGAGCUGUGUGGCUGGCGCAGGGGCCCCAGGUGUUCGCGGCACCGACAGCCUCCUAGGAGCAGAGCAGCCGGGAACCCUGGACAUGGCCGCCCGUGGCCCGCAGCCCUUCCCCAGCCCUCGGCUCUGAUACCCCAUCCUUGUCUGGGAAAGGCCGCGUCUGCUCUCAGGUGCCUGGAUCUGACGGAAGCAGGUGAGGCUGCGAACCUCAGAUCAGCGCCAUCUUCCCCACGUGGGUUCUAGCCCAGGGUGGCAGUUCCUCCUGCCCCAGGCUGCCGAGCACAGUGGGUGGGCGGCGGUGCUGAGGGCCGCCGCUCAGCCUCGGCCUGCCCUCCAUUCCUGCGGCUGAAGCCAGACUUCCGGGGAAGAGCAGGUGGUGCGGAUGAAGGAGUGGAAUGCAGUCCUGGCUGGGGGCCCAGGCCACAGCCUUCUGGAUCUCGCGGCCGUGUAUCCAAGAGCAGAAAUCCACGUUUUCUCAGGAUUGAGGAUCCACCCAGAGAUGCGUUUCCUGCAGACCAGGGCUCUAGAAGCAGGUCCCUUUGGCAGUUCAGAGUCGGGCAGUGUGCGUGUGUGCGUACACGUGUGCGUGCACGUGCAUGAGGGCUUCUAUGGGUCUUGACAGCGGGCUUCCCUGUAAGGAGCCUGUUUGUAGGACCUGUGGUCACUUCUUGAGGGUUCCUGGGUAAUUCCCUCUGCACCAAGCCAGCCCUUCCUCCCACAGGGAGUCCUCCGUGCUGUGAGGGAGCUCUGAGCCAGACCUCCUCCCCAGCUUCUGCAGCCUGUCCUCCCGACGGCCUGUCCCCGGGCCCUAACUUCCCACUUGGCAGGCCCUGUGCCCACACAAACCAAACUCCAGGCCAGCGGCUUCUAACCCCAGGGUGACCCCAGUGCCCUUGUCCUCACAUAGAGCCAGUUAUUGGCUCUGUCCUUCGAGCCUUUGUUCCUAUCCUCUGCCUUCCCGGUCUCCCAUUACUGCCCGCAGGCUGUUGGCCCACUGUCCGCCUGCCUGCACCGUCACCCCAUGGGGCUUGUUGGCUCCUGCCAUCCGCUGCUCCCCCCAGCAGGCCGAGCCUGUCCUCAUGGUCACCGUGGUGUCCUCCAGCCCACCUGGCUGGGCGCCUCGGCCUCCGGGAGGGGUCCAAGGUCUCUGCUCUGCCUGCCCUGCCCUCCAGCGCAUGCUCAUGUCACCGAGCUCUCAAACCCACCCGUCUCUGGGGCUGCUUCCCUCCAUGGUGGUCCAGCCCUGUGACCCCGGGCACCUCAGCUCUGGCUCAGCCUCUGCUUCUCUCCAGUGAACCCCGUCGUGGGGGCCCAUCACCACGCGGCUGCCGCUGCCUGCCAUGCCUCCGCCCGGUCCUGCAGACAGCUGAGCCCGCGCUCCACGCCCCCACGCCUCCCUGGCCUGCGGUGCUGGCCUCGCCCGGAGAACAUGGCUCUGCUAUGGCACGAGGUCACCACGCCCCAGGGCUCUGCCUCUCGCGGGUGCGGAUGAGUGCGGUUCUGUCGGGCGGCCUCCGGGAGCGUCCUGCUCUGACUCCGCUGUGCUUGCCCACCUCCGUCGGCAACUUCAGCCGUUUUGGGGCCUGGACUUCUUGCUUCCCGUUCUUGUGUGAGGGUGGAUUCCAUGAGGGCGGCACGCAGGCCGGCACCCUCGGCACAGGUGUGUGUGCACACGGCACCUAACUGCUGGGAGGGUUGCCGACACUGAGCCCUCAGAGCAGCCCAUCUCAUGUGAGGACGACCUGCCAGGCUCCCCCACAACUCAAGGACGAGACAAUAAAAAUUUGGAAUAAACAGCAUUUCCCUGGG